AUGUACGCCUCAGUGAAAUUUGCCCUUUGCGCCUACGUUUCCCUCCGCCUCUUUUUCUCGAAAUUUUUCGAUUAUGAUGCUUCAUGGACGAAAUCGCCUUUGCACUUCUUCCUGCCUGCACCCCCGCCCAUGCUUACUCUUGGCCCCGGAAGACAUUUCACUCACCCGCUGUUGAUAUCAGGCUCUUCUUCAACCUACAUGGUCGUGAACGGUGCACACAAUGACAACCGUUUAGGUGAAGGUCGUUUGAACGCAACUCAGGAUCUCGCCGUCCACUCCCCCGCUGUUCCCUCGCGGCCGCCCUUCCUAGAUGCAGUUGUGUCGUGCGGGUGGAUAUUGCUUUCGAUUUUGUUAGGCUUUAUCGCUCCUGAUCUUAUACCCCGAACUCGUCGACUACCAACACGUAAAGAGUCAGCAGAUAAGGCUAAAGCUGCAUCGAACCGGACGAAUUCGGUUUGUCCUGUGGUAUCAGCAUCAUCUAGCGAGGAAACGCUGACUCCGGAACUAUCGAAUGGAAACAGCCAUCGCUCCGUGAUAUACGAUCUCGAUAUUGGCUGUGCACCGUGCUCCACGCCCAACGACGCCGAUUUCCCUGUAUUCAUCGACGAUAUCUUCCUGGAUAUGGACCUUUCGGAAACGCUAUUCGCAACUGAAAUUAACGGCGACCUUGGAAAGGUCGAAUCCUCAGCCGUCUCGGACUUUCUGGCCUUCGAAGACAUCGCGAUACCCUCUCCUGUUAUUGAUACUGGCUUUGUGACACAUGAAGAAUCAGGCGAUACUCCUCCCUCUGAGUCGACUGGUUUGUAUCUUGGCGACACCCGGAUGCCCUCGUUUACUCAUGGACUUGAAACCGACUUGAAUACUUGUGAUGGAAAGGACUUGUUGCCCUCAGACGAAUCUGGCAAGACGAUCAACGUGUCUGGAGCUGCAACUCCCAAAUCGAGAGGCUUCAAGAUCGAAAGGCAAACCGGCAGCUCUUCUCUGAUUCGCACGAAGGCUUCGCAAGAUCUAUUGGCUUCUCUACCCCCGAUCGGCGACACCCCAGAAAAGAUACUGGCAUACGACAGUCUUCUACACCUCGUCCCUGGUGCACAUGAGCUGGACAAGACUCACUAUGCAGACGACCGUCACUCUGAAAGUGGCUCUGACGCCGCGGAUGAUUGUCUCCGCUUUGAAACUGGUCGGAAGACUCAGGAACUAAAGGCCGAAUCGGCUUCUCCUAGCGGGCCAAUGGUACACCCUCUACCUGCACCUUUACCACGGAAGAACAACAGGGUGAUGCUCUCCAUCCCGCCCGAGAAGCGAUGCGUCCUACAACCUCUGUAUGUCUACUCCGCGGAAGCCGUACAAGAAAUGAAACAAACGUUCACGCAACGGGCACACGAAGCCGGUAUCGUUGUCUCCAGUAAUUCGAUGCCGGGGACAUUCAUUGGUGAAGAGGAAGCGCAGAAAGCCAAGAAGUUUUGGGAUGAUCCCCUUGCUGCUCUUCCAUCGUUCACGCAAACCCGAUCUCCAGUGAUUCCGUCUAGUCCUACCCUAACUGUCGUGUCCCUCGGUUCAUCGCUAGGUUCAAUCCUUGAUCUCGAGGUAGCUAGUAUCCCUGCGUUAGAUCCUCAGUUGGAAUGUGAAGUGGCCGGUUCUUCUACAUCGGGAGCUAGUAAACGCAGACGAACAACCUCAACGAAUAUUGAUAUCCAGGAUGGUCACGAAGACAUUUCAGGCCAUCAAGAGAUGUUCUCGCCGAAGAGGACAAAGGUCGUCUCCGAGCCAGAGAGUUGGAGACAGAAACCUGCUGGAUGGCGCUUGAAUCUAAUAUCCAGAGUGGGCUUCGACGAUCUAGUGGAAGGAAGUAGGGAUGAGGAAUUGUCACGAGUCCGGAUAGUAAGAUGGCGGUACACUAAUAGGAGAACACGAUAG